AUGGAAGAUCCCAAUGAGGCCUCUAAUGAUUUUAUUGAAGAAUACUCCAGAAUCUACAAUGCCUGUUUUCCUUUAAAGGUUCUCAAAGGAUUUGUUGACAGUGAAGAUGGAAGUGGUGAUAUAAGACCAGGGGAGUGGCGCCAGGAUUUUAACGGUAUCCUCACGGUCAUACUCCACGAAGAUACCAGUUCUGACUCAAGCAGUAGCGAUGACGACGACCUGGACUUUCUUGUUGUUGAUGCCAUGUUCCCGCCAACAGGUACACUGGAGUUUCCACGACUGAAUUUGGACGACCUGAGCGACAAUCAGUUGGAAACCAUGUUUAGGUUCCAUGAUAAGAACGACAUGGAACGCCUGGCACAGGCAUUAGAAAUACCAGAUCAUUAUGAAUGCGUGCAAAGAACCACGUGUACCGGAGUGGAGGCUCUAAUGAUUCUGCUGAGGAGGCUUGUUUACCCAAAUCGCUGGUGUGACCUUGUUCCAGUGUUUGGAAGGAAAGAGUCUCAGCUAAGUCUAAUCUUUAACAAGUUUGGCUGGACCCUGAAGUAUUCUCACAAGCCAUCCAAGGAAAAGGAGCACCACUACACCAGUGCUGGGGGUUUAUAGAUGGCACACCAAGGCCCAUAGCACGCCCUAUCCAUAAUCAGAGGAUCAUGUUCAGUGGUCACAAAAGAACACAUUGUUUAAAAUUUCAGUCAGUCCAAGCUCCCAAUGGCCUCAUCGCUCACAUGUUUGGCCCCAUAGAGGGAAGAAGGCAUAAUGCCUUUGUGCUUGGGGUCAGUGGUCUUGCCAAUAAAAUCAGAAUAUUUCAGACACCAAUAGGGGAGCCCUAUGUCAUAUAUGGUGACCCUGCAUAUGGCCUAGCCCACAAUAUAAUAUCACCAUUUCGUGGAGCGAGACUGACAAAAGACGAGCAGACAUUUAACACUCAAAUGAGUAGAGUUAGAGCAAGUGUUGAAUGGGGCUUUGGCAAAAUGUGUCAAAACUUUGCUUAUUUAGAUUUUAAGAAAAACCUCAAGGUUUUGCUUCAACCGGUUGGAAAGUACUACUUGGUUGCUUCUAUUUUGGUGAACUGUCAUACAUGCCUAUAUGGUUCCCAAACAAGCACCU